CGCAGCGGCGGCUCUUGGGUCAUCCCAUCACAACGACGGGAGCGCGAGACGCGGCGGCGGACAAAACCCACCCCCGCCGGGAGAAGCAGCCACCGCCGCCGCCGCCGUCCAAUGCCGCCCCGCGUCGCCGGAGCAGCGCCACCAUGGCCGGGGGAGGAGGGCUCGUCGACCGCCUCCGCAGAUGGUCCCGCCACCUCGGCGGCAGUGCCACGCGCUCGUCUUCCCUGACCCGCCGCGGUGGCGGCGGCGACGAUGGCCUCGAGGUCCCGGGCCCCUUCGCGCUCCCCGCCGCCAUCCGCGUCCUGCGCACCGCGCAGCCGCCGCUCGACGGCCAGUUCAGGAAGGAGAGAACAUUGGACAUGGAGUUCUUUACGGAAUAUGGGGAGGCAAGCCAGUAUCAGAUUCAAGAGGUCGUUGGCAAGGGAAGCUAUGGAGUAGUUGCUGCUGCAGUAGACACUCACAGUGGGGAGAGGGUCGCAAUCAAGAAGAUCAAUGAUGUUUUUGAGCAUGUUUCAGAUGCGAUCCGUAUUCUGCGAGAAAUCAAACUUCUUCGGCUUCUUCGCCACCCAGACAUUGUUGCAAUCAAACACAUCAUGCUCCCUCCUACCCGAAGGGAGUUCAGGGACAUUUAUGUUGUUUUUGAACUCAUGGAGUCAGAUUUACAUCAAGUUAUCGAAGCAAAUCAUGAUCUUACCCCAGAGCAUCACCGGUUUUUCUUGUACCAACUUCUUUGUGCUCUCAAGUACAUACAUUCAGCUAAUGUAUUUCAUCGUGACUUAAAGCCAAAGAACAUACUGGCCAAUUCAGACUGCAAACUGAAGAUUUGUGAUUUUGGACUUGCACGUGUAGCAUUUAAUGAUUCACCUUCAGCAAUUUUUUGGACUGAUUAUGUGGCAACAAGGUGGUACCGUGCUCCUGAAUUAUGUGGUUCUUUUUUCUCCAAAUACACCCCUUCAGUUGAUAUUUGGAGUAUAGGGUGUAUUUUUGCUGAAAUUCUCACUGGAAGACCAUUAUUUCCUGGGAGGAAUGUUGUGCACCAGUUAGAUCUAAUAACAGAUCUCCUUGGAACUCCAUCAUCUGAAAUUUUGUCACGGAUUCGUAAUGAGAAUGCCAGGGGAUAUUUAAUUGGCAUGCAGAGGAAACAUCCUGUCCCCCUUUCCCAUAAGUUUCAUAAUGCUGAUCCUCUUGCUCUGCGCUUGCUAGAGCGUUUACUUGCAUUUGAUCCUAAAGAUCGACCUACAGCUGAAGAGGCUUUAGCUGAUCCGUAUUUUAGAGGGCUUUCUAAGCUGAGUCGGGAGCCUUCAAGACUACCAGUUUCAAAAUUUGAGUUUGAAUUUGAGAGAAGGAAACUAACAAAGGAUGAUGUAAGAGAAAUGAUAUAUCGAGAGAUAUUAGAGUACCAUCCACAAAUGCUUCAGGAGUAUAUCAGAGGUGAAGAACAAACUAGCUUCCUCUAUCCAAGUGGGAUUGACCGUUUCAAACGGCAGUUUGCUCAUCUUGAGGAGAACUACAGCAGAGGAGAAAGAAGUACCCCCUUGCGGAGACAGCAUGCGUCUUUGCCAAGGGAAAGAGUAUGCUCAUCGGUAGAUAGCAAUAAUCAUGACUCUGACAAUGAAGAGAGGAGAGCGGUAUCUUCUAUUGCCCGAAGUAUGAUAAGUUCCCCAAGAUCACAAGAAGAGGGGAAGAAGCAUGUAUCUGCUUAUCCAAAUAACAUAAUCAAUUUAAACUCCAGUCCUAAGAGCUAUUUAAAGAGUGCUGGUAUCAGUGCUUCAACGUGCAUCAUUAGAGGGAAUAAGGGCCCGAAGGAGAACGGUAUCACUGAGGACAUGGAAGAGGUUGUCUAUAAGUUGUCAGAUAAUGUGACCAGGAUGCUCUCCUAGGGCAUCAGUAACCAGCGGCCAUGAUCCUGAUGCAAUUAUUAAUUCCAAUUAGCAUGGAUCCUGCAACAUAUGUCCACAAAGCUGGGAAAGCCAAAAAAAAAAGGGUCAUCUGUUGAUGCCUUCAUCCUCCAUGACAUCAAGAUUGGAGAAAUGAAAGGUGUCGCUGGUUAUCUGUCAAUACGAGGUCAAGAUUUGCCAACUCUGACACUCUUUUGUGACACCUGGCUUGUUGUUCAUGCAUUUUCUCAUAGCCUGUCAGUGUGUGAUGACUCUAUCUGCCAUAUGAACAAUCUGGCACUUCUUUUAACCAUAGUACCAUUCCAUAGUAAAUUCAACAGAUCUCAAUGGUAAAUUAUGUGAAUGCAUACCAUAAUAUUCCAGAAUUACAUGUGCAA